AUGUCUCUGCUCUCCGAUCUCGUCAACCUCAACCUCUCUGACUCCACCGAGAAGAUCAUUGCAGAGUACAUAUGGAUUGGUGGAUCAGGCAUGGAUCUCAGAAGCAAAGCAAGGACCCUUUCUGGCCCUGUAAGCGAUCCUUCUAAGCUUCCCAAAUGGAAUUAUGAUGGAUCUAGUACAGGCCAAGCCCCAGGAGAAGACAGUGAAGUGAUCCUUUACCCACAAGCAAUUUUUAGGGACCCAUUUAGGAGAGGCAACAAUAUUCUUGUUGUAUGUGAUACUUACACACCAGCUGGUGAGCCUAUCCCCACAAACAAGAGACAUGCUGCUGCCAAGAUCUUCAGCCAUCCUGAUGUUGUUGCUGAAGUACCAUGGUAUGGUAUUGAGCAAGAGUACACCUUGUUGCAGAAGGAUGUAAAAUGGCCAAUUGGGUGGCCAAUUGGUGGUUUCCCUGGGCCACAGGGACCGUACUAUUGUGGUGUCGGUGUUGACAAAGCCUUUGGUCGUGACAUCGUUGAUGCCCAUUACAAAGCCUGUUUAUAUGCUGGUGUUAACAUCAGUGGUAUUAACGGAGAAGUGAUGCCAGGGCAGUGGGAAUUUCAAGUUGGUCCUUCAGUUGGUAUUUCUGCUGGGGAUGAAAUAUGGGUUGCUCGUUACAUCUUAGAGAGGAUAACAGAGAUUGCUGGAGUAGUUCUUUCUUUUGAUCCAAAACCAAUCCAGGGAGAUUGGAAUGGAGCAGGCGCUCACACAAACUACAGUACGAAGUCGAUGAGGGAAGAAGGAGGUUACGAGGUGAUCAAGAAAGCAAUUGAGAAGUUGAAGCUUAGGCACAAAGAACACAUUGCUGCAUAUGGAGAAGGCAAUGAGCGUCGUCUCACAGGGCGACAUGAAACAGCUGACAUCCACACCUUCUCUUGGGGUGUUGCAAAUCGCGGUGCAUCUGUUAGAGUAGGACGAGACACUGAAAAAGAAGGAAAGGGAUACUUUGAGGACCGGAGACCUGCGUCAAACAUGGACCCAUAUGUUGUAACUUCCAUGGUUGCUGAAACCACCAUCUUGUGGAAGCCAUGA